AUGUUUCGUCGACUCCAAUCUGGGUUACCUAAAGAUCCCGUUUUCCCUUCAGAUCUAAAGAGGCUUGGGUACUUUAUUAAUGAAAAAGACGAGAUACGAAACAUUCAAAAUCCGAAAGCAUACUUCCACUUUUUCCUGACCAAAAAUGAAAGAGUAAAUGAAUUGCAACGCGAGGCUUUGAACAGUGCAACUCGCUCGAUUGUUGAAGAGCGCCUCAAAAAUCUUGGGCUGCGCCUGAUUCGACUUCCUUUAGAACAAGAGGCAACAGAUAGGCACGUUCCAAUCUUUGUUUCAUCAGAAUUGAAGAGCAAAAAAAGAAUAAUAAUCUUAUUCUAUGAGCAACAGCAGGAUCUCGGGAUCCUCUCAUACAGAAUUAUUUGCGGAAAGGGCGGAAUAAAUCAUGGUUCUGUUGUCAAUAUGGUUAAGUUCAUACAGUCAACGCAUUGCUCUCCUGAUAGUCAAGACUCUCCCGGCAUAAUACUAGCUAAUAUGGGACAACUUCGGUGGUGGCGUCGCGGUAAAAAAGCACUCACUCAAAAUUCAUGGUAUACAAUUCCGUCAAAAAGCUUAGUUGAUCCGUGCUAUCAAUUUGAUCCAAAGCUAAAUACCGUUCCAGGACAUGAAGAUCCUGCUCAACAUGUCGAUUACAUGUUUAAUCAUGUGAUAGAAGAAUUAACCGAUCCAGAAGCUGUCAUUGACGUCAUAGGAGUUGCAAGUGGGGCGUAUCAAGUUAGCUGUUUCCUAGAAGACGAGAAGAAUUGGGAUAAAUGGAAUUCCCGAAUCGCUGCUUUUGCCUCAGUUGCAACCUACUUCACAGCUGACCAGAUUAAUAAUCAGAAAUUUAAGGAUUGGCUCGUACAACGAGGGCGGGCUUAUAUCCUUUCGGAAGAACCCUGUGAUUCCUUCCUCGCGGAUGCAGGUGGUUCGAAGCACACGCAACCACUUGGCUGUCCUACCUUCAGCCUAGGAGAAUCAUACUAUCCCGAGGCCAUGCUUCCAAAUAGUUAUGAGACUAUAAUAAAUUGGUUUAAUGAAGUAGCUCAAAGUCCAACUUAUGCAAACCCUACUAUGGUCUAUACUGAAGCAGAAGCAAUCACUAAUCUAAAUGAACCUACAAAUUGA